CUCUAUAAAUGAACAUUAGUACUAAUGCUUUCUAUCCAAGUUCAUCACCAAUGGCUUCAACAUGCCAUAAACUUAUUCUCCAAACCUUCAUCACCUUCCUUUUAAUGCAAACACUCACAGCUCAAAACUCUAACCUCUUCAGGGAGUAUAUCGGAGCAUUUUCCAAUGGCGUGAGACUCUCCGACGUCCCGAUAAACUCAUUCAUCGACUUUCACUUCAUCCUUGCCUUCGCCAUAGACUAUACAGACACCACUUCCCCUUCCCCUACUGAUGGCAAGUUCAACAUCUUCUGGGACAACACCACCCUCUUACCUUCCCAAAUCUGGUCCAUCAAACAAGCCAAUCCAAAUGUUAAGGUUGCUCUAAGCCUUGGUGGAGAUACAGUCCAUGGUCUUCCUGCAAACUUCAGUCCUUGUUCCAUAGACUCUUGGGUUAAUAAUGCUGUUAUUUCUCUAACAAGCAUCAUCCAAGAGUACAAUCUCGACAGCAUUGACAUCGACUAUGAGCAUUUCAGCACCGAUGAGGCAACCUUUGCGGCGAGCAUUGGGCAGUUGAUCACUACUCUGAAGAACAAUGGAGUUAUAUCCUUUGCUUCCAUUGCUCCAUUUGAAGCAGUGAACAGUUAUUACUCAGCCUUGUGGAGAGACUAUGCAAGUGUGAUAGAUUAUGUGAACUUCCAGUUCUAUGCUUAUGAUGCAACAACCAAUGUAUCCCAGUUUUUGAGCUAUUAUGAUAAGCAGAGCUGCAUGUACAUAGGUGGCAAGAUAUUGGCUAGCAUUUCAACUGGUGUGGAUGCUAAUGGGUUAUCACCUGCAAAUGGAUUCUUUGAUGCAUGCACUGUUCUAAAGAAGGAAAAUAAACUCCCUGGGAUCUUUAUUUGGUCUGCUGAUGGGUCAAAGGCUGAUGGUUUCCCUUAUGAACAGGAAGCACAGAAGUUGUUAGCAAUACCUUAUUAUUGAGUGUGAAAUAACAUGCAUAGCUACUAUCUGCUUGUUUUUAUGUGUUUGUUGGAGGUCUAAUAUAUGCAAAGUUUUACUUUUUGGCAAGUUCUUAUGAUUUUUUCUGCUUUUGACA